CAGCUCCGUUCGUCACUCAGGCCAGUUUCUCCGGUCGCUCUGAAGGCGCCUAGGCGGCACAACCCCGCUCCACGCCCCGACCGUCUACCCGGGACGAGCCGGUACAGCUCCGAUCGAGACCAUUCCAAUCUGACUUCUUGCGCAUUCCUUUCUUUAAUGGAUACUUCCAGUGCGUUUCGGAUGAUGGUGCGACUCCUGUGUCUGGUGGUCAUCCUGGGGUGCACGCUGCCCGCAGCCUGGGGCUACCCGGCCGCCACCCUCCACCGCCGGACAAGGCGAGAAGCCUCCGCCCCGCCGAAGCCUCGCCCCGCCGAGAAGAGACAGGCCCCUCCCCGCGGCAGCCCGGGCCAGCUGGAGGAGAGCCUCCACCAGCUCCUGCGACAGGCCUCCCUCAACAAACCGGCCCAGCCCGCGCCUCAGAUCGCCGCGCUCCGCCCCAAGCCACUCCAGCCAGUCUCAAACCAGCCAAGCUUCCAAAACAUCGACCUCGGCUACCUCCUCGGCCCCGGUGGCAAGGACAGCGCUCCGCAAGUCGCCCCGCCCAAGUACGUCUCCACCCCGAAAGCCAACGCGGCGUCGGCCGCUGACCUCCAGGACUACCUCAACCUGUUGUCGCAGUACCAGCUGGGCGGAAACACCGCCGCCGCCUCCCCAAACCUCCUGGCCGCCAACUACCCCGCCACCACCGCCGGGCAGGCCGACCUCCUCCCGCCCGGCGCCUACCCACAGAACAGCUACACGGCGGACGACUACAUCGAGGAGCUGGAGGACGCGGUGUCCUACAUCAUGAACAAGCUGUACCAGUACCAGGCCAUGAAGCAGCUGGACAGCCAGUACGCCGACUACUACCAGCUGCUGCGAGAGAUGCCGGCCCCGCAAACCCGCGGGUUCGACUACGACGACUACCUGGAUCUGCUGGACCCCACCCUGUACGGAGACGACCCAGCCUACGAGCAGGACUCGGCGGCGUACCGGGAGAACGAGCCCGCCCACGACGAGCAGGAAUCCGCCGAGGACGAGAUGGAGGGAGGAGAGUCCGAGGAAAGCAACAGCGCCGCCGGCAGCGGAGACGAAAGUUCGGCCGCAGAGACGGAAAAAGCCGACAAGGCAGCGGAGAAGAGCCCGUGCGCCGACAGAAAAGACUGCACCAAGAAGGAUUCCGACAAGGCUGACCUAGUCACCCGCCUACACAAAACCAGAGACUAGACCUGACAUCUUUAUGAUGUCGUUUGUACCAAUUUUCAGUCGGGUCUAAACUAAAGGGAGUCAAAGAUGAGUCACAUAUGAAACAGGUCUCCAUCAAUGAACCGGUCGAAGAUUUCCAUCUGUAAUUGUCAGGAAGGUUUCCUCUGAUAGGACUCGGGCUAGGGUUUCACUCUGUUGUAGGCGUUUAAAGUGAUUUAUUGUUUUACAACGAUUGCUGGCGAUUGUGGGUGAGUGUUGAAAAUGACAAUGUAUAUUUUUGUAACAUACUGUAAAAAAGAUAUUGGAUGUUAUCUAUGUCGAAUUAAUCGGAAAAAUUGUACAGACGAACGACACAGUUGGGAUUCUGCUGAGUCCGGUAGAAAACGGAAGAAGGGAAGCAACCGAAGAUUCACUACCCAGGACUUAAAUAACACCAUUUUGUGCUGCAUAUUCGGACAAACUUAUCAGGAAUAUUUCCAGCUUAUUAUCGAUGUAACGUUACUAGCGGAACUCCAGGCUAACAUAUACAAGCAGACAAGCACGUAGUCUUUAUAUGCCUGUGUUUGUGCACGUCACCUUCUGUUGUGUAUCUUGAAUUCAUGGGAUUCUUUUUCCGCUGUCACCAAAAGUUGACCAACCGUUGCAAAUAUGGAUAUAUAUCUACUAUACAGGAGCACUGUGUUAGGAUUAUGUAGGUUCGCGUUGACUACUAAGGAAACUUCGUGCUUCUCAAACCACCGAAGACGGACGACGAAAGCAUGGCUUCCAAAAAAAAUCAAGCGUUUCCAGUUCGCACGUAUAUUUUUGUAAGGAGUUGUUUGUACAGGAAAUGCUAAGAUAUGAUAUCAAUGUGACAUUUAACCGGAGACGCACAUGUUGGCGCAAACAAACAAGUCUGUGCAGAUACGAGUUGUCAAGAUUUUAUCGCUUAUCAGAUGAAAUAAAUAAACGGACAGCAGUUUUCUA